CAGCAAGAUGCGCAGGAGGACAAGUCCUCGGGAGAGAAGCUCUUUCCUCAGUCUUGCCAGCACAGCGUGCUCUUUGGAUCUUCCAUUUCACAAGCAGUGCAUCCAACAGGUCUGCGCCUGGGGAAUCCCACCUAAGACAGGGGUGUGGGCAAGACCUCUCUGGGAGGACGAGCAGCUGCGUGUGGAGGCCCCGAGGAAGACCAGUCCUGAAGACGCAGGCGGGCAAAGGGCAGACCUCGAAGGAGACGGAGGAGGAGUGGCAGAGGGGCAAGAAGAGUCAGGGUUACUGUCUGCCAGGCUGCCAAACCCCAACUCUCGCCACGUCCACAGCCACCACAUGAAGUGACUAUUAGAACUUCAAAUGAAGGAUCUGACCCCAGAAAUGGCCCCAUGCUAAGUUUUUUUCCCCAACAGAGUCACCGGAAAAAGUCAGAAGGCAAAUCAAAACGCACACUCUGAAAGACUUAAAACAUAACCAUCACAUCUUGGGGGAGAAGGAGCACACCCCAACUUAGUUUAAAAAGGAAACACAGCAGAUGCCGUCGGCUGGCCGGGAGGCAUCGCGAAGGAGAGAAGGAAGGGUGGGGCCUCACCUUAACACCUGCAUCUCCUCCGGGGAGCACCGCAUCUCGUCCUGGAGGCGACGCCAGCGCAGGCAGGCCCUCAGCUCCUGCUGCUCCCGGGCCUCACGGGGGUCCAGCUGCUGAGCCACAGACACACAAACACACGUGCACGAAACACAGUCACCGCUGUGGUCCUGGUGAAAUGGCUCACUUUGUUUCAAGGGAGGAUGACAUAGCCUGCCCCCUGCGCUCACCCUGCUCCCAUCAGAAACCUAAGGGCCACCGGAGCCUCUUAGCGCCUAAAACAAAAAACCCACCUCGCACGCUCGCCUGUGCUGCUGGUGGCGGAAGUCGCCUUGUUCGGGAACCCACCCAUCCCCCCGACACACACCUGGUCUGGAGACAGUGGGCUUCCCCUGGGCCAUUUCUACUUUGAUCUCAUCCAGUCCUUUUUUCCUGCUUUGUCUUUCUGCGCAGGGUGGGGAAGGCCCCGCCGUUCACCUGCGAUUUUUCUGCAGCCCUCAGUUUUGUUAAGGACUGUUUCCGGUGGGGCCUGCUAAUGCAGCCCAGAUGAUUCUGUGUGCACGUCACUGGAAGACGUGCUGCCUGGACUCACUCUGGGGGAGGGGAGGCCGUCGCACUCUGCCCUACUGAGUCAGGACCAGCUGCCAUCCCACGGUGUGCUCGACAGGCCACGUGGCCCAGACCUCUGUGAGGGAGGGCAGCAGAGCACCCACUGGGAAGGGAGACGUCUAUCCACAGGUGUUUCUGGAAAUCAAAGGUUCCUUAUAGCUCAUUCGACAGAUAUUUACUGAGUCUCUGCCUGGCCCUGGGGAUGUUACAGACAGGGCCUGGGGGAGCAGCCAAGGGAGGGAGAGAUGGGGGAGGAACGCUACCAUCAGAGAGCAGGUGAUGGGAGAGGUGAAGGAAGAACCCAGAUGUCCCCUUGCCCACCAGGGCUUCCUGAGGAGGUGGUGGUGACAGCGCUGGUCCUCAGGGAAGCAGGAGUCGGCCGGGGAGGAGGAAUUGCAGGAAGAGAGAAAGUUUCACUUGCAAGGCACACGGGGCCGGGCAGAUGUGUGACGUGCUUAAAGAAGGCAAGGGACGUGGUCCAGCCCAGAGCAGACUGUCAUUCCGGGAGGGAGCGAGGGGCAGGCAAGCUAGCCAAGGUCACAGAUCCUCAGACCCCAUGUGCCUGCUGUUAUGGACAAAACUAUGUCUCAGCAAAAUAGACGUCUUGAAGGCCUGACCUUGGUGUGUCUGUAUUUGGAGAUAGGGCCUUCAAGGAGGUCAUUAAGGUUAAAUAAGUCAUGAGUUGGACCCUAAUCCUGUAGGGCUGGUGUUCGUAUAAGAAGAGGGAGAGCCAACAGAUGUCCUUCUCUCUGCAUGCACAGAGGAGGGGCCGUGUGAGAACGCAGAGAAAAAGCAGCCGGUGACUGUCUGCAAGCCAGGAAGAGAGAAGGCCCUCAGCAGAAACCAACCCUGUUGGCACCGUGGUCUUGGACUUCCAGCCUCCAGAACUGUGAGAAAUAAAC